AUGCUGGUCCACACCCACCGCACCAAGGAUAUCUCCACCAGAAUCACGGGCCUGGGCUCCCACCGCCUUUUGCUCCCUUGUUUGUCCCUCGAGCAGCCAAGUUUGUCGGUCGGCCAAAAGCGCGUCGCAGAAGACCUCGAAGGACACGACGUCAAGCGAACUAAGAUAGCCUUCCGCAGGCUCAAGAGCGACCCGUUAUUUAAACCCGUGUUAGAUCAAAAUGGUCGACCCAACGGGACAUUCGUGUGUUCUAAGGACGGCGUGAUACUCAAUCCUCAAAGCUAUCUUAAGCACCUUAAGACGAGAAUGCACCUAGGCUUUAAACUAGAGACAUACAAAUGCCCUGGUUGUAUCAAAACUUAUGCCCGACGUGAUGCCUGCAAGAGGCAUUGGGACAACAGUUGUGGAACGCUAGCACCUGAGGGUGCUCGGCUAUCAUACGCAGACGCUUGCAAAAAUUCUACGAGUUCCGCUUCUGCCGCGCCUGUGACAGUGCCUACCACGGCGUUCACGUGUUCUUACCCAUACCCUAUGCCCGUCACGUCGAUGUCCGAGAACGUGCAGAUCGCACCCCCAGAAACUUGGGUUGCGCAGCCGUAUGGAACGCCCACUGUCGCGGAUCCCGUACUCUACCUCUCUCAAUUACCAGAGAAUGACAUGGUCACAGAGCCCGCCGAAGACGAUGACGACGCUGAUUUUUGGGAGGCUAAUGAGAUACAGGACGUGGAUAAGAUGUAGCCAUAUUUCCCUUCUGCUACCAAUUGUUUUCUCUGUUUUAUUAUCUGCUGCCGUUUAUCCACAUAUUAUCUUUCCACCUACAUACAUUCUUUCUAUUCUCUGUGACAUAACACGCUACUCUUCAUUCAUUUGUACUAUUAUCGGUAUUAUCAUUAUUGCUAUUAUCAUC